AUAGCGGUGGUUGUUGCGUGAUAAUCAAAUAUCUCAAAUCUAAAAAAUAUUAAAUGAGAAUUAUGAAUAAGAUGAAUUUUUGAUCCAGAAGUAUCUGAUCCAAUUCUCAAUCGCCCCGGAGUGUUCUCUAUGUUGGUCUCACGAUAGAGAAAUGGCGAAGUUAAGGUUUUCAGAAGACGAUUGCGACGAUGCUUUGCCAGUGAAGGUGGUGCUCGCAAGAGAACGGAGAAUAGCCUACAGAUUUAGAAUUGGAGGUGCAGGGCAACCGGGGAUGUCCUCUGACGAAGAACAUGACAGCUCCUGCUCAUCUGAAGGGUCGGAUGAUGAUGCGGAUGAUUCCGCGGACGAGAAUGUGGAAAUUGUUGAUGAUGAACAUGGACAAGAAAUCGUGGAGCCAGUGCGAGACCCAGGUCAGGGAACAAGUUCGGGAAGCGAGGCUAAUAGAGAUGCUUCGGUUUCUGUGAUCCUGACUGACCCGGAAGUGCUUGAUUGCUCCAUUUGCCUUGAACCCUUGAGCGUUCCCGUAUUUCAGUGUGAGAAUGGGCAUACAGCAUGCUCUUCCUGCUGCACCAAACUCAGCAACAGAUGCCCGUCCUGCUCCUGGCCUAUUGGCUAUAACCGUUGCCGGGCUAUUGAAAAGGUUCUUGAAUCAGUCAAAGUAUCAUGCCAAAACACAGCAUAUGGCUGCAAAGAAACAGUGAGUUACAGUAAGAAACAUGACCACGAGGUGACAUGCAACUACGUACCAUGUUCAUGCCCUCAUUCCAACUGCAACUUCCGGGGAUCAUCCAAACAGCUAGCUCAACACUUCAGAAGUAAACAUCUGAAUUCAGUGAUACGCUUCCAGUACAACAGCUUCUUCCCUGUUCAUUUGGAAUUUAAUGCAGUGGACAAGUUCUGCAUUCUAGAAGCAAAAGAAGGUGCCCUAUUCAUUGUUAGUAGCUCUAUUCAACAGCUUGGGCAUGCAGUCACAGUUUGUCGUAUUGGGCCUAGAUCAUCUAGAGGGCAUGCAUUCAAUCUUGCAGCAUGGAAAGGGGACAGGUCGAUCAUGUUACAAUCAUUCACGGAGAAUAUUAGAGAAGUUAUUGAACUUCCUUCUCUUUCAAUGGGAUUUCUUCUAAUUCCAAGCGCAUUCCUGGGUUCUUCAGGACAGUUGAAGUUGGAGCUGUGUAUAAGGGGGAACAAUGCACGUCCUGCAAAAAAAAUAAAGCUGAAGUAGUGCUGUUUAAAAUGGUGGUGGUAGACGUUGGUGUAUAGGGUUAUCUGGAAAUUGACUCGGGUCUAUUGUAUAUAUAAUUGUUAUUCCACACUCUGAAACUUGCUUCUUUCCUAUUACUUUUUCGGUUUUGUCCUAAUAUUUUUGUCAUUACUUUCAA